AUGAUUCGGUCAUUUCGCUUCCAGUCGCCCUUGCUGCGGCACUCUCUUCGCUAUUCUACAUCUUCAACGCCAGGUGUUGCUCCAUUGUUUGCACAGAUAAAGACAGACUUGAAGGCAGCAAUGAGGGCAAAAGACAAAGUCAGACUUGACGUCCUGCGCGGAAUAAUAUCAGAAGUGAACAAUGCAGCCAAAACACCGAAACCCAUUGAGACUGACCUGAGCCUUCUCGACCUUCUUCGAAAGCGGGCGUCGAACCUAGAAGCCAGUGGGAAGGAGUAUGCCGCUGCUGACCGUCAGGACUUGCUGGCCAAGGCAGAGGCAGAAAGGAAGGUUGUUGAGGAGUACGCUGCUCAGGUUGAGACUGUGAGCGAAGAUGCGAUACGUGCUGCUGUUGAGAGUGCGAUUGCCGAACUCAAGGCUGCCAGUGAGAAGCUGGCUAUUGGAAGCGUGAUGAAGAAGGUCCUUGCUGCAGGCGGAUCUUUGGAUGGGAAGCCAGCGAGCAAGACGGCUGUUGCGAAGAUUGCUGGCGAGAUGGUUAAGGCACUGGAACAGAAGUGA